AGGUUGAUUUUGUUUUCAAUCUCCCCACCCAUUUUCUUUCCGCUAUGGGUUUUUUAAUUCUUUUCUUUUGGUUUGGAUUUCAGUCUCUCCACAAUGAUUAGGCAUUGAAGGAAUCUGUAAUUCACUAAUUGCAGUAAUUUUCGACAACCAUUUGCUUCGGAAUUUGAAUCGAAAGAUGGCAUCGUCACAGGUUGAAAUGGCGGCCUCUGCGCCUUUCGGGUGCGUUUUGAGAGAUCACAAAUGGCGAGACAGAUGUAGAGAGAGAAAUGCCAGAGCCACACAGGCCGCUUUUCAGAACAAUCUGAAGAGCUUGGUGAGAGAUCACCUUCAUACCUGCAUUUCAGUCUCUUCAAACUCUGCCUCCAAUGGUGACUGCAACAACAACUCCCAAGGCCUUAUCGAAAAUGUCGAUUCCUGGGCUCAAAACAAGGAUGGCAACAACACCAACAGCAACAAUGUUGGUGGUGAAAGAGAUGACGGUUCGACUAUGACCCCGAGGCAGUCUCGGGUUCUCCAUCGAUGCGCAGCUGGUAAACAAGGAAAAGAAACGAUUGCAACGACGGAGAGGCAGAGCCAAGAGGCAGAGCUCUUGUCAAUGCCCAAUUCAUUGCCUUCGUCUUCGAGGACAUCGACUUCUAUGAAGGAUGAAACUCUGUCAAGAACAGACAGCCUGGCUGAGAUUUCCAAUCUGGGAGUUGGAGCUUCUUCGCUGGUUCAAAUUUGGGAGAAGAGACUGAACCAAUCAAACAGCUUCAAGAUGAGUUCCAAUGGCAGUGACACAGAGACUAGCAGGUCGAACUCUGGAUUGAGCUGUAAUGAGAAUGAGAAUGAGAAUAUUUUCAAUGCUUUCCCUGAUUCCAAUGCUUCCAAUGAGUCCAAUGAGUCCAAUGCUUCCAAUGCACCUUCUUUGGAGAAACAACCAUUAAGAGGCUCUGAAGCAGGGGAAUCUGUUUUUGUUGAUGAAAGAUAUGACGCUGGGCCGGUUACUGAGGAUUCAUUUGAGGACUCAACUUCUGAUGAAAGUACUACCAGCGAGGGCCAGAGUAAUUUGGAUGCAAGAGAAAGAGAAAGAGAGAAGGUCCGAGUCGCCGAUAUUAUUAAAAGGCUGAAAGCACAGUGUCCAUUAUCUUCUCCCAGUGAGGACAAUGAUCAUGAUCAACAACAAUCUACUGUCAUUGCAUCUUCGUGUAGAGAACGCGAUCGCGAGAGGUCCCUUGGGUUUGAUCAGACAGAGCAGCAGCAUAAAGGGUUCUGUCAGGUUAUAAGUUCACCAAGGAUGAUCAGAGGCAGGCAGGCAUUUACUGAUUUGCUUAUGCAUUUGGAGCGUGACAGGCAUAGGGAGCUUGACACAAUUGUAGACCGCAGAGCAGUUUCAAGAUUUUCGCAAAGAGGCCGAAUUCAGUCAUUGCUUCGGCUUAAACUGCUACAGCGGGGCAUGGCAGUCAUAGGUCAAGAUGGACCGCGCCGGAAACCGGCAGCAUCUCAAGUGAGCAAAUUGCCACAAAGGUCUGCUAUCAUGCAUCUCAGGGAGAAAUUUAGCACUGGUGUUGAGCAGGGCUCAACAGCUCGGAAUGAUGCAGCUUCCCAAAAAAGCCCUCAUAGGGAGUUAGUAAAGAACAUCGGUGUACAUGUAGAAAGCUCCUCCACCUCAAAUAGGUCUAGUGAAAGCACUCCUAACCAUGAAGUUGAUACUAUUGAGCAGCAGAAUACAACCCUGGUAAAGAACCCAUUGUCGCAUGCUUGUGAAGAUUUUCAUGAAGAAGUUAUCCCUAGUUCAAAAGUCAGUUGCCAAGGAACAAGUUUAGUGGCUAGAAACACCUUGCCACAUGCUAGUGAAGAUCUUCGUGACGAAGCCAGCUUGAGUUCAAAAGUCACCUUGCAAGUAACAAGUUCAGUGGCUAGAAAUACCUUCCCACAUGCUAGAGAAGAUCUUCAUGAUGAAGCCAGUUCAAAAUCCACCUUGCAAGGAACGAGUCCAAUCGCUAGAAACAUCUUACGUCAUGAUAGUGAAGAUCUUCAUGAAGAAGCAAACCCAAGUUCAGAUGUCACUUGGCAAGGAACAACUUCAGUGGCUGGAAAAACCUUCACACAUGCUAGUGAAGAUCUUCAUGAAGAAGUCAGUCCGAGUUCAGAAGUCACCUGGCAAGGAACAACUUCAGUGACCGGAAACACCUUGCCACAAGUUUGUGAAGACCUUCCUGACGAAGUUAGCCCGAGUUCAGAAGUUUCUUGGCAAGGUUCAACUUCAGCGGCUAGAAACCUUGAUUUGCAAGAAACCACGGAUACAACCACAUCCUUGGUUUGUUGGGAUGAGAAUGAUGUAGAAGAACAAGUAGAGGAUGAUUAUGAGUACUAUGGAGAAUAUAGUUAUGACUGGAUCACUGAGAUUUCUCGCCCACGUAGUUACUGGGAAGACCUCAGGAAGGCAUGGUACCAAGAGAUGCUUGACUCCAACUCAGGAAAAGGGGACAUACGCCAACUUAUUGAAAGAAGAACAGUAUCAAAUUUUCUUGCUAGUGAUUUCCGAGACAAAAUAGACCGAUUGAUGGUAUCUCGAAUAGAAAGACAAACAUAUCCAGUUGGAAGUGAAGAAGGAGAAGAUGAGGAGAUUAGCCAAGAUAGAAUGAAUCAACUGGUGUCCUUCUUACAACAACGACAACAACAAAUGCGUCCAGCGGACAGUCAAGAAGAAAAACAACAAGUGCAAGAACAAAAACAGCAACAAGAAGAGGAGGAUAUGACAGAAGAAGAAGAAGAUCAUCAUCAUCAUCAUCAUGAAGAAGAAGCAAGGAGCCUAAUUAGCGCUCAAUAUCAAGAAGCCAGUGAUGAUUUUGAUCAAUGCACAUCAUUGCAGCCUUCUCCAUCUCACAUGACGGCAUGGAGUUAUCAAGAUAAUGAAGUGGGGGAUGAUUCUGAUCGAGCUGCUUCUAUAUCUCCACCCCGACAUUUGCCAUCUCAAUCUUAUUAUCCAAAUAGUAGGGAAUGUUCACCAUCCCCAUCCUACCAUCGUCGACAUUAUUCUUCCUCCACAAAUCAUCCUUCAAUUGAAAUGGAACUCAUAUACGAUAUGAGAGGGCAGAUGGAGCAACUCUAUAAUGAGAUGUCAGAGCUACGAAAAGCUAUAAAGGGUUGCGUAGACAUGCAAAUGAUGAUGCAACAAUCCAUCAAGCAGGAAGUUCAUUCAGGUCAAGCAGAGAGGAAAAGGUCGUCUAAUGGGUUACCAAAGAAGGGCAAUUGCUGCAUUUGCCAUGAAGUGAAAGUUGACUCACUUUUGUAUAGGUGUGGGCACAUGUGCACCUGCCUCAAGUGUGCUCAUGAGUUGCAAUGGAACAAUGGAAAAUGUCCGAUAUGUCGAGCUCCAAUUGUGGAUGUCGUGAGGGCACACAUGGAUUAUUAGACUGCUGGUGCCCGGUGAACGAGUUCUUGCUUCAGAGGACCGUCUUUCUUUCUGAAAAUCAACAUAGUGAAGCACACACUGGAAGAGGAAGCUAAUUUAUACAUCUUAACUAUUUACUGUCUACUUUUCUUUUUUGUAAAUGUCAAGUCAUGGGACAUCAUACCUGGUUUCUCUUUUCCACAUAUACUCUUGUGUAUGUUUUUUGAGGAGAGACCGGAACUAACAAACUCUCUAUUCAUCUUUUGAUAUACAAUUUGAAAAACGAAAAAGGUGCCACUUUUAGGAAA